AUGGAACCAGAGAUUGCGUCCACUUCGAAGUCGAAAGAAUGGGGAACCGUGAGAAUACAACUGCCACCAUUCCUCCAGAGACUCAAAAAGAAUAAAAAUGAUGAGGUACAAUAUCAACGCUUCAUGGAUAUGUUGAAACAGUUGUAUAUUAGCAUUCCGUUCACUGAAGUGAUCAAACAGAUGCCCAAGUAUACAAAGUUUCUGAAGGAUAUGGUGACAAAGAAGAGAAGCACUGGUAAGUUCACAACAGUGGUAUUGACGCAAAGUUCAAAAUCCAUAAUUCCACCAAAAAUGCGUGACCCUGGAAGUUUCACCAUACCCUGCUCUAUUGGAGGGUUAUACAUCGGUCAAGUGCUUUGCGAUCUCGGGGCCACCAUUAACUUGAUACCUCUUUCAAUUUUCAAGCAGCUGAAUGUGGGGCAGCUGGCGCCCACAAUGGCGACUCUCCAAUUAGCUGAUAGAUCCUUAGUGCAUCCAGAAGGGAAGAUUGAUAUGUAUAAGGAAGAGAUCACACUGAGCGUGAAUGGGCAGAAUCUCAGGUUUGAUAUUAUCCGAGCCAUGAAAUAUCCUAAAGAAGAAGACCUCAAUGAAUCUGAUGAUGAACCAAAUCAAGAGAAUACACUGCUGAGCAUCCUGAGAAAGUAUAUAAAAGCAAUUGGCUGGAUGCUAUCAGACAUCAGAGAAAUCAGCCCCGAAUACUACAUGCAUAGGAUUCGUCUCGAGGACAAUCAGAAAGGAUCAAUCGAACAUCAACGUAGACUCAAGCCUACGAUGAAGGAGGUCAUGAAGAAGAAAAUAAUCAAGUGGUUAGGCGCGGGAAUUAUCUAUCCAAUAGCCAACAGCAAGUGGAUCAGCCCCGUGCAAUGCGUGCCAAAGAAAGGAGGGGUGAUGGUAGUCCCUAAUGCAAAUAAUGAACUGAUACCAAUGAGAACCGUCACUGGAUGGCGGAUUUGCAUGGACUACUGCAAACUAAAUGUGGCGACAAAGAAUGAUCAUUUCCCUUUGCCUUUUAUCGGCCAGAUGCUAGACCACCUAGCUGGAAAUGCUUUCUACUGCUUCCUGGAUGGAUAUGCUGGCUAUAACCAAAUCAUGAUUGCUCCUAAAGAUCAAGAGAAAACCACAUUCAUCUGUCCGUAUGGAAGAUUUGCGUUUCGACGUAUGCUGUUCGGCCUAUGCAACGUGCCGAGCACUUUCUAA